CACGCCAUCGUGGUUGACCCGCUGAGGGGGACGAUGUACUGGUCAGACUGGGGCAAUCACCCCAAGAUCGAGACGGCUGCCAUGGAUGGGACGCUGCGGGAGACUCUGGUGCAGGACAACAUCCAGUGGCCAACAGGCCUGGCCGUGGACUACCACAACGAGCGGCUGUACUGGGCCGACGCCAAGCUCUCCGUCAUCGGCAGCAUCCGGCUCAACGGCACCGACCCCGUCGUGGCCAUCGACAACAAGAAGGGGCUGAGCAACCCGUUCAGCAUCGACAUCUUCGAGGACUACAUCUACGGCGUCACCUACCACAACAACCGCAUCUUCAAGAUCCACAAGUUCGGGCACAAGGCCGUCACCAACCUGACGUCCGGCCUCAACCACGCCACCGACGUCGUGCUCUACCACCAGUACAAGCAGCCGGAGGUGACCAACCCCUGCGACCGCAAGAAGUGCGAGUGGCUCUGCCUGCUGAGCCCCAGCGGCCCCGUCUGCACCUGCCCCAAUGGCAAACGCCUGGACAACGGCACCUGCGUGGUCAUCCCCUCGCCCACCGUGUCCCCCGUCGUGCCCACCACGGACACGUGUGACCUGGUGUGCCUCAACGGCGGCAGCUGCUUCCUCAACGCCCGCAAACAGGCCAAGUGCCGCUGCCAGCCCCGCUACAACGGGGACAAAUGCCAGAUAGACCAGUGCUGGGACUACUGCCAGAACGGGGGCACCUGCGCCGCCUCCCCCUCGGGUGAGUGGGGGGGUGCCCGCCGGGCAUGGGAGG